ACUGCAGGUCUUGGGAACCUUGUCGCGUUAACAGCACAGACCAUCUUCAGUGCUUGCCAUUUGCGACUACCGUAAAAGAAGGCUUCUUCCACAAAAUGUUUUACACGGUCAUAUCGUAUUGGGUGUUGAUGGUGCUUAUCAUCGGAGCUAUUAUCACAUUGAAAUGUUGUUGUGGGGCUCCAUGUGUGACGGUAUUUUUAAUCUACAAAUGGCGAAAAAGGCAUAUGUCAAUGUAUGACAGGAUUGAAAAUUUCCUGCAAAGUCAGAACAACUUCAUGCCGAUAAGAUAUUCAUACUCACAGAUAAAAAAGAUGACUGAGGGAUUCAAGGACAAAUUGGGUGAAGGAGGUUAUGGCUCUGUAUUCAAAGGAAAGCUUCGCAGUGGUCAUCUUGUUGCAGUAAAAAUGUUGGGCAAGUCCAAAGCUAAUGGUCAAGAAUUUAUUAAUGAAGUUGCCACAAUUGGGAGAAUUCAUCAUGUAAAUGUGGUUCAACUGAUUGGUUUUUGCGCCGAGGGAACAAAGCGUGCUCUUGUUUAUGAGUUCAUGCCUAAUGGCUCCCUUGACAAAUACACUUUUGGUCGAGAAGGAAACACAACCAUAGGUUGGGAGAAAAUAUAUGAGAUUUCUCUAGGAGUGGCUCGCGGCAUUGAAUACUUACAUCGAGGUUGUGACAUGCAAAUCUUACACUUUGAUAUUAAGCCUCACAACAUUCUUCUUGAUGAAAAUUUCACUGCUAAGGUUUCUGACUUUGGACUUGCAAAAUUGUAUCCAACAAAUGAUACCACAGUGACUCUUACUGCAGCAAGAGGCACAAUCGGAUACAUAGCACUAGAAUUGUUCUACAAAAACAUUGGAGGUGUCUCAUAUAAAGCUGACGUCUAUAGUUUCGGAAUGUUGUUGAUGGAAAUGGCAGCCAAAAGGAGGAAUUCGACUACAGUGACAGAACAGUCAAGUGAAGCUUACUUUCCUUGCAAUGUUUAUGACCAAAUUGUAGGCGGAAGGGAUUUUGAAGAAAUCCAAGAAGCGUCGGAGGAGGAAAAGAAAAUAGUCAAGAAGAUGAUCAUGGUAGCACUGUGGUGUAUACAAAUGAAGCCUAGUGAUCGACCUUCAAUGACCAAAGUCGUGGAGAUGCUCGAAGGAGAAGUUGAAAGUCUGCAAGUGCCUCCCAAGCCUGUUUUAUAUCCACAACAAACUUUGGUAAGGAGCAGUGGAAGCCACUCAACUCAACAAGAGUCAUCUUCUGCAUCAACUGAUUAUACAGAAUCAAUAAGCUUAAUUAACAGUGGAAGGUGACAGAAGGAAUUUGCGAUGAAAGCCAUUACUCCAAAUUUAUCACAAUUUGUACCCAAAAGCUAUUUGUUAUGUCUAAAGGGAAAAAGGAAAAAUCCAUCUUCCCCUGCUUGAAAAGGCAGGUAAUUGCAAUGCAUCAUUUGAUUAAUUAAUA